AUGAACAGGAAGGAGGUGCGCGGCGGAGGCAGUCGCCGCGGCAACGACACGGACAUGCGGCGGAAGGAGAAGGAGAACCGGAAGCUGCAGCUGGAGCUGAGCCAGAUGCGCAUCGAGCUGCAGAUGGCGCUGGACAGCAAGGACAGCGACAUCGAGCAGCUGCGGACCCUCCUGCAGGCGCUCAGCGUUCAGUCCAUGGACUCCGCCAGCCUCAGCAGCGGGCCCGACGAGCAGGACCGGGAGCAGUCCAUCCCCUGCAUGGUGCUGGACAUCGAGUGA